AUGGGGGGCAAAUCCGAAGCCAAGGCCGCUUAUUUUGAUAAGCUCAAGGGCCUUCUCGAUGAGUAUCAGUCAAUCUUCAUCGUCAACGUCGACAAUGUCAGCUCGCAGCAGAUGCACGAGAUCCGUCUUGCUCUGCGAGGACAGGGCGUCGUUUUGAUGGGAAAGAACACCAUGGAGCAGGUCCGUCGAGCUUUGAAGGGCUUCAUUAGCGAAAACCCAGAGUAUGAACGCCUGUUGCCAUUUGUCAAGGGCAACGUCGGCUUCAUCUUCACGAACGGCGACUUGAAGGAGAUCCGUGAAAAGAUCAUUUCUAAUCGAGUUGCUGCUCCUGCUCGUGCUGGUGCCAUUGCCCCUGUCGACGUGUAUAUUCCCGCCGGCAACACUGGCAUGGAACCCGGCAAGACCUCUUUCUUCCAGGCUCUCGGUGUUCCCACCAAGAUUGCCCGUGGAACCAUUGAAAUCACGACUGAGCUGCGUCUUGUUGAGGCCAAGACCAAGGUCGGUCCAUCUGAGGCUACGCUGCUGAACAUGUUGAACAUCUCUCCCUUCACGUAUGGUAUGACUGUCGCUCAGAUCUACGACGCCGGGCAGACUUUUGAUUCGAGCGUGCUGGAUAUUGAGGAGGACCACUUGCUCAGCGUGUUCCAGAGCGCAGUUAACAACAUUGCCUGUGUCUCUUUGGCCGCCAACUUCCCUACCAUGCCCAGUGUUAUCCACUCUCUUAUCAACGCUUAUAAGAAGUGUGUUGCCAUUGGUAUUGAGACAGAGUACAGCUGGGAGUCCAUUGAGGAGCUUAAGGACCGCAUUGCCAACCCUGACGCCUAUGUCAGCACUGGUCCUGCUGUGACCGAGUCCAAGGAAGACAAGCCCAAGGAGGAGGCCAAGGUCGAGGAGGAAGAGGAAGAGAGUGACGAGGGUGGUGAGUAUUCAAUUAUUCUCCUUUUUUUUUUUUCGUUUCUAUGGGUAAAGGGGGAUAUGCUAACCAAACUGCCACAACAAACAGGAUUCGGUGACUUGUUCGGUUAA